AUGCAGUUCUCCCUUCUCUGUCUCGCCACCUUCGGCAUAAGCACUAUAGCCACUCCCGUGGGAUCAGCGAAUGAUGGAGUCGUCGUUACCUAUCCAGAAUCGUAUAAGAGAAUGGCCUCCGACGACGCUAUCGCCUACCCCGACUCCUACAAGCGUAGCGAAUUCCACGACGCCGCUUGA